AUGCCCUCGGGUUUCUCUCAAGAUCUCUUGUCCAAUACCAUCGACCUCACCAACGACGACUACACGAAUGCUGAAGCAGGAGUCUCCCACCAAACAAUUGAUCCGUCGUUCCUCAACGAGAUGGCCCGAUCGUCAAACGUAGCGCAUGCUCUUCCCAACAACUUUCCCUUCGGAGGCUCGGUGGACUAUGAGAGGGCCGAUGGGCUCUUCAAUUAUUUCCAGAAUGAUCUUUCGGUUCAGCCACAAUUAAUUACACCUCAUAAUACCGGGGUAGCACAAAUGGGCGGACUUGCUCCGAGACCUGCUGGAGUCCCUCAUCAACCACUUGCCCCAGCCCCGAAGAAGGUUCCGGCUAAGAAGGCUACGCAAGCCAAAAAGACCGGUGUAAAGGGACAGAAAAAGCACCAGGAAGAAUCGGACAGUGGAAGUUCUGACGAAUCAGAUUUGGAGGUUGAACCCGAGCCGUCUCCGCUUCCUGCGGUUCGCUCAAGUGAGCCUCUUGAAGCUGCGCACUACGACACAAUACAAGCAGUCUGGUCUCCGCGUAAUUUACGUGUCCCCGCUGAGAAAGUUAAGGCCUCCUUGGUUGCCUUCAAGGAUGUCGUGAAAGGGCUUCGCGAUGGCUGGAAGGAUCAAGUCCAAGCCAUGAAAACCGCAGAGAAUCAGGGAGACAAUGACAAGGCCACCAAAAUUAAGAACGCCGUGGCUCUCCAGCGCCGCAUCAUGGAGAAGAUUAUCUCCACCACUUUAGAAACAGGCCAUCCUGUUAUUGUUGAGAAGAUCGGCGAACAUCCAGUGACGUUAUCGGUGUUCUAUUCAUUCCUGGCGGAUCGUUUCCAGGCCACUGAUCUGGAAGGUUCGUUGACAUUGAACUUGCUGAAGCUUCUCGCCCGUUUUGUGACUGUAGAUGAGGAAUUGCUGCAGAAAACUAACAUGGCCAAGCUGCUUCCCCGAUUUGUCAAGAAGGGAACACCGGCUGUCAAGGAUCUUGCGCAGACUAUCCUAGACAAUGCUGCCGCAUCUACCAAAAGGAAGCAGAGUAAUUCAAAGCCAGUUAAGGAAGAGUCCCCGGCGAAAGGAGACUCGCCGUCUGUGGAGAUCGUGGGCGGCAAACGCCCGCGGGAUAGUGAGAGCAAUAGUCAACCCGCUACGAAGCGGAUGAUUGUCACUUCCAAUCCUAAAGACACCGUGAAAUCUUCCGCUGUUUCAAACGGUCCCAUCAAACGUGUCGCGGAGGCCUCCCUCAACGGAAAACUUACAACUACUCCGACAGCCCCUCGCCCCAAAGCACCAAUCGCUCCACCCAAGCCAACUGUGAUCUUUGGUGCAUUAAGUUCAGCAUCCAAGAGACUUGGCACGACCAACGCGGAGAGAAAAGCGGCUCAAGCGGCUGCAAAGUCCACGCCUCCACCUGAAACAAAAGAGAAACCGGCUGCACCGGCUCCUAAGCCUGCAUUCUCAUUCGGUGACCUCAUGGCGGACCUUAACAAGCCAAAGCAGGCGGUAGUCGUAAAGCCUGCUGAAGAGAAGCCCCCGGAGACCGAGGAGGAGCGCCAGAAGCGCCUACGAAAGGAAGCGCGGCGCAAACUACGGGUCAGAUGGAAGCCGGAUGAUGCUCUGACCGACGUUCGGCUGUUCACGCACGAUCCUGAUGAAGAGCUUGGCCCUGGAGAUGGGUCUAUGCGAGGCAUGGGGGAUGUGAAGGGUGAGGGUAGUGUCCUCAAACUUCACAAGGAUCUGGAAGAGCUAGAGGAGGAUGAUCUUGGUGGUAUUCGGGAGACUGUUCUGAAUGCCUACACUGGUCUAUCCGAGAUUCUCAUCGAGGCUGCAGAUAUGAAGAGCGCCAACUUUAUCAAGCGUGGCGGUGAUGAGAUGCCUGUCAGCACGGAGAAGACCGCACAAGAUCAGCGCGAGGCUACCACUCUCAUGGUGUUCCACGCCUCCCCUGCCGAUGUCCCUUCAACCCCGAAGGAGCCCCCUACUGCUGAUCCCAAUGAAAGCGUGGCUGAAGUCAUUCCAUUUGGCGAGAUCCCGGACAAUAUCAAGGCCCGACAGGAACGCUACUUUGACUAUGUCAAUCCCAAGCCAGCUGCAGCUGCAGCUUCGGGCUCCGCGCCAGCUCAACCCGCCGCUGCAAGCGCUCAUGGGUUCGAUUUGCCAAAUCUACUCAAGCUCAUCAAGGCUGGAACGGCGCCGCAACAGUCUACUCCUCCUCCACAGUCCCAGCCAGCCCCUCAGCAGGCGCCUAUGACCGACCUCGAGCGGACCAUCAACAUGUUCCGUCAGCAGCAGCAGCAGGUCCAGCCUGCAGUUCCUCAAGUCCCGCAGAUGCCACAAGUUCCUGCAACACAGCCACAGGCUGUGCCGGGCGCCGUUGAUUUCCAACAGCUCAUGAAUGUCAUGCAGCAAUUCCAGCAAGGAACUGGCUUCCCCCAGCAGCAGAUGACGCAAUCGCAGCCACAGAUGCAGCCUAAUUUCGGGGCCAUGUUCUCGCAAUUCACUGGUCAGAAUCAGCAGGCUGGUCCCUCUACUCAGGGCUACGAGGACCCGGAGCGCAAGCGGAUGCGCGAUAGUGCUCCCUACGAGGACCCCUACGACAGCCAAUGGAGUCGCGGAAAGCGCACCAAGGCUCAUGAUCCAAAGCCUUACAAGGUCGGACUAGUUGCCUGUCGGUUCUGGAAAGAAGGCAAGUGCCGUAAGGGCGACAACUGCACUUUCCGGCACGACUCUUAG